GCAACUUGAGGAAGAAGUGACGUGGACAGUAAUAUCACAGCAGCGAUUGUGUUUGGAUCGGACAAAUCUUAAAAGCUACAAGAACAAGACAAGACAAAGAAAUGGAGUAUUCAGUACAUCUGAAUGCUCAAGCCAGUAGUUUUACUGGCUGAAGACAAAAGUGAAGGCAGCAAAAGCCACAAACAAGCAGCAAAUGAAGUGUUGGUCAUCGUACCCUCCAGACUGGGAACACUACUUGCAGACAGAGAGGGGGACGCAGAGGGGCCUAUCUCUCAAAUCAGUUCAGGUUGAGGCGGCUUUAGUCGGACGAAGCUCUCUCCAGGCGGACACCACAGGAGGAGAGUGUCCCUCUGAGUGUGACUGUCCACCAACGUUCCCCAUCGCCAUGUACUGUGAUGGACGAGGCCUGACAGCCAUGCCGACCAUCCCCUCUCGGAUUAAGUAUUUGUACCUCCAAAAUAAUGCUAUCACGUCUGUAUCUGACUCUGCUCUGGUCAACGCAACCAAUCUGGUGUGGCUGAUGAUGCACCACAACCAACUCACGCAUGAUGCCAUCAGUGAGAAGGCAUUUGUAAAGUUGGAACGACUGGAGCGUUUUUAUUUACAACACAACAAUUUGACCAGCAUCCCUCCUAACCUCCCUCGCACCCUACGAGACCUGAGAAUCAACCAUAACAGCAUUGAAAAGGUAACACCUUCAGACCUAGAGGGAAUGGAUAACCUCACGAUCCUGCAUCUCCAUGACAACGCCAUCACAGACUUGGGUGCAUCACUGAAAUCCCUCACAUCCCUCACACUGUUGGACAUCAGCAACAACAAAUUAACAAAGGUCCCGGAAGCUCUCCCUGAACAUCUGCACCAACUCUACCUGGACUCCAACUCCAUCGCCUCUCUGUCUGAGGGCUUCUUGGGCAGUUUGGCACAGCUGCAGUACCUGCGGAUGGCCCACAACCAGCUCACAGACAAGGGCAUCCCCUCUAACACCUUCAAUGUGACAGGGCUGGUGGAGCUGGACCUGAGCUUCAAUAAGCUGGAGAGAAUCCCUCCAAUUAGCACCACCCUGCAGCAUCUUUAUCUCCAAGCCAACCAAAUCAAAGAAUUUACAUUGGGGAGUUUCUGCAGCAUUGUGGAUGUUACCAACUUCUCCAAACUUGAAACUCUGCGUCUGGAUGGGAACGAGAUCAGUCGCCAGGACAUCCCAUCGGAUUCAUCGCUCUGCCUGCGUUUGGCCUCCAGCAUUGACAUUUAAAUGUGGCGCACAACCUCUUUAAAAGAACUUUGUUUUGUAGUCCUGAUAAAUCCACUAGAUGUUCCGAUUGAUCAAUAAAGCCUUGAAGUAUUAAUAAACACUUAGUUUACUUCAAGGAAUUGACCAUUUUGAGAACUGUUGAGAACUGUUACAAAUGGAAUCUAGGGUCCAUCACUUUCUUAUUCGUACAGAUACACGUCCUGUUAUGUUGCAGAUGAUGUUAUCUUUUUUAGAUUAGCCAGAUGAUGGACAUUAAUCUCGUUGUAACCUAUCUACAAUCACGACUUUGACCUUUCCUCUCUUUUGUUUUGUUGUUUUUCUUGCACUUCAAUGAAUUUAAUCAUGUUGUCUAAAUAGUUGACGUAAGACUUCUGUCUAAUGUGAAGUUUUAAAUAAAUAGUCUUUCCUUCAGUACAUGUUGCUGCUAUAUUUGCUAUCUUUCUGGAGUUGCAAGCAACAUUCAUGACAUCGCUGCAAUAAAGUGAGCGCACUUGUUUAU